CCAAUUUGGGUAAAAAUCUAUCAAAUUCGCGUAAUAGUUAGUGCUUUAACCGUUGUUACGAAAAACUGAACAAAAUUAUUAGUGAAUUCAUAACUAAAUUUUGGUGUAAGUUGCAAAUUGCAAACAUCUAUGUUUUCCUUUGAUUUUGCACUAAUCGUUGUCGUAACACCUUUCUCCUCGUUUUGAAAUAUCAAAACCUAAAUGUUUCAUUUGAUUCAAUACCAUAAUAUUAUAUAAAAUUUGUUUACAUCUCGAUGUUAAUUUAUUUUGGUGUUAAUAUAAUUUGGUACAGAGGAUGAUUAGAGGUGUUUGGUAAAUGUUCAGUAGUUUCUAAAAGUGUUAGAUGUUAUAUUUGUUGCUGAAUCAGCUGAAUGUAGAAUAAUUUUUAAAAGUGGAAAACGUUGCUGAAGACAGCUACAAACAGCUACCGAGCCGAGCAAACGUAGUUUGAAGACUAUCGAUUAAGAGACUGUUCCGUAUCGUGUUGUUGACUUGACUCCUAUUCAAUUGAGCGACAUUUUAAAAACCAAUGUAUACCACAACCGCCAGUUUACUAAAUAUACGUUCUUUUCAAAAUAGGCGAUGUAAGUAAACAUCUUUCUCAAGUAGGUAACGCUAAACAAAAAAAUUCGCGCGCGAGUGUAUAUACCUAUAUAUCUAUAAAGAUGUUAUUGAUCUUCUCCAGCAGGAUGUUGGGGUCUAGCCACGUGUUUGUGUCCCUAUGUUCUUGUAGAAUCUUUCAGUUAUAUUUUACUUUCUACCACUAUUGAUCUGUAAUGGAAUAACGAAGCUGCCCCCAAUGUUGAAGAUUCCCGCACGUUUUAAACAAUGUGACCUCAGUGUAUCCCUUGCCUUUGAUUAUUGUGACUGCAUUGUCAACAUGGGUACAAGGGCUGCUGCAUUUACAGCCAAAAUUCGCAGCCUUUAUGACUACCAACUGCGGCUCAUGCAAGGGGUCAUGCCCGCUCCAUCUGGGGUUGACAUAGCAAACACAAUCAAAUAUUUCUCGCAAACUCUCCUAACUGUCCUUAAAGAUGUACCUAAUUCUCCGUUUGAUCUGCUUAAGAAUCCAGAAAUGGAUGCUGUUAGAAUGGGACUUUUUCCCAGCUUGGAUUACAAAGGCCUUUACAAUUCUCUUAUUCCUUUAAUAGAAGUUGCUCCACUUAUCACUUAUGGGAUACUACCUUUUGGUCAAUCAAUUCUACAAAUUCUUGGCUGUCUUUUACCGUUUCUUGAACACGAUCUUAUAGACAAUUUGCCGUAUCUAGCAGCAUCGUCUAUAUCGGUACUUCCACAUCACCUCCAUCAAGAAAUCAUUAAUACUUUGUGUUUUUAUAUUCUUCCUUUUACAAUAACAAGGCAUGGUGAUCGCGACAAUAACAUCUGUCAAUCAGUUUCUGCUGUUAUAAUGAUGGUUUUUCAAUACUCUACAAAUCCUGCCCAUCACUGCCAACUAUUGGAAUGCUUAAUGACGUUAAAGCAGAACAUUUUAAAGGAUAUUUUAAGUGUGAUUGCCUAUGGUACCUCAACAGCACGAUCAUCAGCUGCAAAAUUAUUGUUUUAUUACUGGCCAACGUUCAAUGCCAAUUUGUUUGAUCGCAAAAACCUUAUUUGCAAAUUUGCAGAUCCGACGCCUUUUGUUUGCCAACGAGAUAUGUGUCCAAACACCGGGAACGCUGAAGCUGCAAAGGUUUGUUACGAUCACUGUAUCUCAAUAACCUUUGCAAGCGAUACACCACCACCUCUGUAUUUGUGUAUUGAAUGUGCAAACGAAAUCCAUCGAGAGCAUCCUAAUCAAAUGUUUUUUGAUAUCUUACACCCAAUGCAACAAGUUUCUAUGGUUUGCGAGAAUAAGAACUGUCGCUCAACUGAUAAAUCGGCAAUAUCUAUUUGUUUUUCUACUGAAUGUGCUAGCUAUAAUGGAAACCAUCCUAUAAGAUACUGCGAACAAUGUCAUAAUAACAGACAUAAUAAUAGACGGGGUGGAGAUCACAUAGUCCAUAAAAGUAUACCACCAACUUGGAAUAUGGAACCUGAAAUGCAGACUUAUAUGGUAGAAGCCAUAGUAAGUUUGCUGAAAGAAGCAAAAAUACCGCAGUUGGAGCAGAAAGAAGAGAAACGAGAUGGUGAGAAAGAAGGCAGAGAAGGUAGAGAAGGAAAGGAAGGAAAAAGUCCCGUACCAGCCUUAGACAAUAUAACAAUAGAAGAAAGACAGCUUUUGGGACGGUAUGGAGUGUGGCUAUUGGUUGGUAGAUGCACUCCAACAGAAAAUACAUUGGUUGAAGUACUUGGUCGCCUGCUAGCUAUGAUUUUUCAUUGGUUCCACAUGACAGCAUACUCAUACGAUGGACAAGAAGAAAGUACCUUAGAGAAAUUAAAGACUGAAAUUGUAUGCAACUGGCUACGAAGCAUUAGCCAGACUCAUUAUAACCUUUUUAUCUCAUGCCUUUUACCCCAUCCUCCAGAGUAUGCUCGCAUAGGCGGCCAUUGGGAUACACUGUCAUCACGCACAACACAUUUAAAAGACGGAUUAAACCGUCUUUUUUGCUUAGUACCUUACGAAGUGAUAACUCAAGAAAUAUGGAACUACGUCAUGCCUCACUGGAUGGAGGCUAUCGUUAACGACGUACCCGAAAAAGAACUAUUCGAACUACGUAUAAUCUUAAACAAAAUUCUUGAUACGGAUAUGAGUCCACUAGGUUUUAAUUCGAAAAAAAUGUAUCAGUUUGUUUCGUUCAGAUUUCAGAAAACCAGUGCCAAAGUACAGCAACAAGCAUUACAGUGGUUACAGACGCUGACUUUGCUGGAAAUCAUAAUACCUUUAGAUUUACUCUUUCACAUAUUCGGGGAAGGUGUGUCAAACAUGAAAGAAGGUAUAGUAGAAAGUGAUGGUGAACCCAUCACAUUGCACGAUCUCGAAAUACCUAGUAAAGCAGAACGAGAACAGAAAAGGGGAUCAAUUUCACCUCUAAUUGAAGAUGACGAUUCAGGAAAGACAUCAUUUUCAGAUGAGGAAAACAGACUCUCCCCUCAAGCAGAGUUCGAAACUGACGCAGAGCACAAUCUGUAUUGUUGUCUGUUAAUGCUAGACAUCUUAUUGAAGCAAAUGGAACUACAAGACACUGACAAACACACUGGCUUGAAUUCAUCACUUUGUAAAGAUGUGUGUUGGCUGUUGAAAUGUAUGAUAACGGCAGCUUGGAUAGCGAAUCACUCAUGCUCAUUAAAAUCGGAGUGCACGUACUGCGAAUCUAGCAUCAUGUGGCAUCAAUUAUCAUUACAAAUAUUGAAAUAUCUUUCACCCAUUUAUCCAGCUUAUCCGCCUGACCCACCUUUAGAAGAUAACUACGAUGACAUGCACAGCCGACGGAGUCCUCCAGAAAGCGACAAGAAAGAAGCCAAAAGUGAUGCUGUAAUUUCCAUGCCGAUUCCAGAAGUCCAUUCUGUUGGAGGCGUCAUAGUACACAUGCCACACGUGUGUUCUAUAAUGACUGCUACAGUUGAAACGGUCUCAGAACAAUUAGAUCUGCCAAUUAUGCCAGUCGAACGAGUUCCAGCAGGCAUUGCAAGAGCCAUAACUUUAUCAGAAUCUGAUGUAGCUAUGGCAAAGGCACAAAUAGUAAAAGCUCAGGUAAUAGGUGAAAACGAUGAACCCGUAGAUAUAGAUACAGGAGAAGACAUAGAUAAUUUCUGGCAAACGUCUGUAGGAAAGUUUAAAUUUUGUGUAGAAGAUUUACCACAACCGUUACAAUAUAUACACCAGCUAUUGCAAGAGUUGUCGAACGUAGAUAAGCCUGAUGUACUUUAUUAUAUGUUACAAUGUUUAAACGUAUUGAUUUUACAUGGAGAUGCUUGUACGAUAGCCUCAAAAGAACACAAAGGUUUUUUCAUUUGGUGCCAAGAAAAUCUUCUCAUAAAAAACCUUUGGGAACUGUGUAACUCAGAACACUCUCAUAUAUGCCAAACGGUGGUGCCAUUGCUUUUACACUGUAUAACCUUACCAGCUGGCUCGGAUGUGUUCUGGCGAGUAAUUCAAGAAGCAUUCCAUUGUCCUGAGUGGAGCGUGAGAUUUACUGCUGUCGAAAGAGUAACUGUCAUUACUAGAUUUAUGGAUUCCAGUCCUUUGAGAGAUAAGCCAUCGCUACAAGCAGCUUUGGCCAACGCUUUUUGUUAUUUAAUUUCAAGUAUGGAUGAUAGCAACGUGUGUGUAGCUCAAAGAGCUACUCUUUAUUUAGGGACCAUUCACGACGCUGCUGUUAAGUCUUUAAUUAUGUGUCUGGAGACCCAGUUUGAUUCUGUGAUAGUGGACCGUCCGAUGGUCCUUCAGUCUUUAUAUCAAUUGCACAACUCACUUAGCGAAAGAAAAAUUAUGACUUGGGAUUUUUUUCUAAAUCGUUUCGAUACAUUAUUUAUUGAAGCACAACUUACACUAGAAAAAUCAGGCGAAAUAAGUUAUUGUAGAGAUUUAAGGAAUUCAGAUGCCAACAGUGAGACAUUAACACGGAAGAUCAAGAGGGCUCAGGAGGCCCUAUCUCAGUGUGAUGGCAGUGCGACCAGUUCAGUUAAAACAUUAAGUGCUAGUUUUGGAACUAAAUGGCCUUACAAACGAACAAUGUCAGCUCCAGCAUCGAUAAUAAGGCAAGAAAAUAAAGAAGCAAAAGAAAAGGUAUACAGUCGUCAAUAUUCCGCACCAAUUUUAAAGAGGAAAAGUUCCCGUUUCGGCCUUGGUCAGUUUGUAGCCACUAGUAACAGUAUUACAGAUGGACACAUGCAUUCAUUAAAUAUGGUAGAUGAUCAAAAUAUAACAACAUUUUUACAAAGGGUGAUCGAUUUGGAAGAAGCUGAUAAAGAAACUAUGCAUCUAUUAGUUUUUCUUCUAAUGCAAUUCUUAUCCAGAUCUGAUCAAGCAUAUCCAGCGGAGGAAAAAAAUCUAGCUAAAACCCAAGGAAUCGUACUCCGACACUUAUAUCUGUUACUAGGGUACAGUCAAAAUGACAGAGGCUUGUAUCUUCCACCACAACGGUUAAGAUCUUCACCUGCCUUCAGUGUUUUUCUUUCAAAUUUACCUCAGUUGAUGGACCAAAAUCAUCUUAUGGGACGGCUUCUUCUUCCCACCUGUUUAAUAUUGAUGCAAUACGCUCCGUCUCCGUACUAUAUACCAAGCGCUAUGGAGUUUCAACAACCGACUUACAGUUUGUGGGCACUGGAGCCGCAUUUUCGAAAAAACUGGUUAAUGUCUAUCGUUGUGCUAUUAUACAAGUACCAAUAUAAUCAUCAACCUCACUGUAUGCAGUUGACAUCUCUAAUUAGAGUAGUAUUAAAUACUCUAGAUUCUCAACACCAUCACUGUAGAAGAAUUCCGGCUACUAUAAUCAUGGGACAACCACCUUCACGAUCUAGAGAUGUGAGUCAGCCAUCAUUGGGAGCAGAAAUAGAACAUACAGAACGUGUAACUCCACCCCCAUCACCAAUCUACUCAUCAGAUGGACAAUCAGUGCAAGUAAUCGGUAGUUCUAAAUGUGGAAAAAUGCAAGUAGCAUACACAAAACCCUCCUCUACAACAAGUAUGGAAACUCACUGGGAGGAAGCUAUCCAUUGUGUACAUCCAGAAAAGAAGCCGCAGAGAAGACAUGCUGAAGUUAGUGUCGAUACUGACACAGAAUCAGAGUUAAUGGUAAUACAUGAUAGCGAUAUGUCAGACAGUACUCUUCAAGGAAGUGUACAAGAUUCUUUUGAAGAUGGUGCAAGUGAUAGCUUAGGCGAAAAACAUCUUCCAAGGUCUCCCAAAGAAAGUUCCAUAAACCAGCUUGUUAAAAUUACUAAUAAAGGGAGACCGACGUGGACCAUAGGUAGCGAAGAAGAAUUUUCCAAAACAUGUGACAAUAAAGUUUAUCAAGAAGUGCUGAGAAGUCAUUCAGAGUUAAUCAAAAAUUGUUCUAGAUUAAAUUCUACCUCGUCAGUAAACGGUAUACAGGUAGCUAAAACUGUUACUACAGAUUUUCAUAAACAUGUCAGUUCGACAUUUGUAGAUACCCACUCUAUGGGAAAACCAAAGCACAAAAAAAUUAUCGAACCUAGUAUUACUCCCGUUUGUACACCUGUUUCAGACUGUGAUGAUUCUUAUAAAAAUAAUCAUGCUAGUUUACCAACCCCAUCUCUAGAAAGACUAUUACCAAUUGGGUCUACAAGAGUACCAGACUCUCCAUUAAAUGAUGACGUGUUUUCACCAACUAUAGAUUCUCAGUUAGAAAUUCCUUGUCAAGAACGAUUGCUUCCAAUAGGUCAGCACCCAAGUCCUCAGUUAAUGGAGAAGCUCAAACAAGCCUUAGGUGUAACUAGCCAACAAAUUAAAUCGGAGUCAAUUAAAAAAGAAAAACUGCAAGGGCACUCUCAAGAACAACAUCACCCGCAACCUACCUCUUCUCAUUCACAUAGUCCCAGAAAAUUGACCAAACAGGUUGCUCUAGAGAGCCCCAACAAUUCCGAAUUUGAGGAUAAUGGACACUUCAAAUCUCUUAAGAUGGACAAUCAAAGGGACUUGAUGGUUAACCACAGACAACGUAUACGUAAAGCAGGUCCAUUCGCAAUGAAUUCCUACUCUUUGCAUGAUCCUAGAAAACCUGGUGCCUGGAUGAGCCCACAACUCUCCCUCAAACUUGAAGGAAUUGAUUUAAAACAGAGUUCGUUUAGAACUGGGGAAGAAUGUGUAGCAGAGAGGUGUACAGAAUGUGGUUUAGUGAAAGAAGAAUAUAGCGAUGAGGAAAUCGGACUCUGUAUUGUAACUUUAGGAACUUUUAUACACCGAGAACCUGCACUUGCUGCUCCUAUGCUACCCGAUAUACUUAGCAUUGUAGCAAAAGUAGCAACAAAUGCAAUGUAUCCGUGGCAAACUGAAAGCAAUAUUCACCUACCUGGGGGAGCUAUAAGUGUAGCCCAUCAAUUUUUAAGAUGCGUUUUACACCAAUUAGCCCCAAACGGAAUUUUUACGCAAAUGUUUCAAACAAAUGCUCCAGAAAAUAUUCGAAUUCAAUUUUUUAAGAGUGUUAUACAAGCGUUAAUUGACUUUAACGAAUUAAAUCCUGUAGCGCCUAUUCAACUUCUUUUAGAAACAUUGAAUUCGAAGAAAACGUUACCUGUUGAUAUUUUGCCGACAAUUUUACAAAAUAUGGCGUGUUAUUUGAACUGUCUGCCUCUUGAAGUUGCCUUAGGUGCAAGUACACCCAUGUGGGGUACAGUUUUACAACAAGUAGAAAUUUUAUAUCGAAAAUUAUUGUUUUUGUUAAAUACUAUGGAUGAUAUUAUUCCGCUGUUAAAAAUAAUGUCUUCACUUUUUAAAAUCCCCUUGAUUUCACAAUUUAAGGGUAUUUUGGAGCCUUUUUCCAAAGUUCUCAGUUAUGCAAUACAAACACAAACUAUGAAUUAUGGUUGCCUUAUAGAAAUUUGUUACUUGUGUUACAAAGCAUUUACAAAGGAAAGAGAUAAAUUAAUACUUAGUAGAAUGGUUGUUUUUGAACUAGUACAGGCACUCAAGUUCAAAACUACUAUACCAGAUGCAAAUCUUCUAAUGUUAAUAAAUCUAAUUUUACAGGAUAUAGGAGGUUCGAUUCCAUCUAAUGUUGUAAUAAAGGACUGUUCAUCGAUAACAUUAGAAUAUGGUUCUGGAUUUACAACUGGUAUAUCAGAAUGUAUGAAGUUAAAUCUUGGUGAUAUUUUAGAAUUCCUAACAGAUUUUCACGCCAUAUCUAAAAUAAAGAGCUACUGUAAAGGAAUUAAUGUCGGUUUAAAUGAUGAUACAUUAGGUGGUAUAAUAAAAUGUAGUAUUGCUCAAUAUUUAGCUUUAGAAAUAACCAAAGGUAAUGGUAGAGACAACAGAGCUGUCACGAGAUAUUUUCCUUGGUUAUGUAGUACUUCAAUAACGCAACAGAGUCCAAGAGAAUUCAUUGAGUGCAUAGGCCAUAUACGACUUCUUUCAUGGCUUUUACUGGGAUCGCUAACACAUACGGCAUUACAGGGUAACAACAAUAAUAACUGUCAAAUAUUAAGUCAGCCAAUUCCCCAAGAAGCUUCUUGUCAAAUCGCUGACCACAUUCAAGUGAUAAUGGCUGGUUUUGCCGAACAACCAAAGGCAUCUAUAUUACAUAUGUCGUCGCUAUUCCAUACAUUCAUUUUAUGCCAGCUUUGGACGAUCUAUUUAGAACAAGGAUUAAGUAGUAACAUACCAAUAACAGAAGCAUACAACGUAACUAUGAAUAUUCUUUUUGAUUUCUGGGGUAAAGUAACACCCUGCAUCUUACAACUAAUACAGCAAUCUAAAAUGUUAUGUGAAAUAGUUAGUUUACACUUUUUAAGCAUGUUGGAGGCGCUGUUGGAGUGUCAGUCCACGUUUGUAGGAAAAUUGCUACCGCUCUGGACACCUGUCCUCUGUUCAAGUCAACUGCAGUUGCCAGGGCAUUUACAAGUAAGAUUACAAAACUGCCGUAAUUUUCCACCCACAAGUAUUCAAGAAGCAAUCCCAGAGAAAUUAAAACUAGCAAAUUUACAUAAUCCAAUGCUCCUACGAUGGUUACAGAGGUUGCAAUUUAAAAUGGGACAAAUUGAACUCCAGUCAUCAACAGCAACACAAUUCUAUUCAUUGUAAAUAAUUUAUUUAUAAAUUAUAAUAUUUUUAUUUAACAAAAAUUUAUACAUACGGUUGGAAUAAAUUAUUCGAAAUUAUAAACAUAA